AUGGCGAGCGACCUCGUCGUCACCAUCGGCCAGCGCGCCUUCCACGUGCACCAGUACCCGCUGUACGCGUUACUAGCCUUCCACGUGCACCAGUACCCGCUGUACGCGUUACUAGCCUUCCACGUGCACCAGUACCCGCUGUACACGUUACUAGCCUUCCACGUGCACCAGUACCCGCUGUACGCGUUACUAGCCGUGAUCCCGAGCGCGGCAGCAGCAGCGGGCGAGGGCACGGGCCCCUUGCAAGCAGGCCUCUCGUUCCUCCCUGGCGGCGCGCUCUCCUUAGUACCCAUCGCCUGCUACUGCUACGCCCGCCCCUGCCGCCUCUCGCCCCACUCCGUGCUGCUCGUGCGCUCCACAGGAAAUGGGGGGAAUGCGGCAGUGGGGGGAUGCGGCAGUGGGUGGGGGAAUGCGGCAGUGGGUGGGGGGAUGCAGGAGUGGGGGGAUGCGGGAGUGGGGGGAUGCGGCGGGAGUGGGGGGAUGCGGCGGGAGUGGGGGGAUGCGGGAGUGGGGGGAUGCGGCGGGAGUGGGGGGAUGCGGGAGUGGGGGGAUGCGGGAGUGGGGGGAUGCGGGAGUGGGGGGAUGCGGGAGUGGGGGGAUGCGGGAGUGGGGGGAUGCGGGAGUGGGGGGAUGCGGGAGUGGGGGGAUGCGGGAGUGGGGGGAUGCGGGAGUGGGGGGAUGCGGGAGUGGGGGGAUGGUGAGCCAGGAGUGCAGGAGAUGACCUUUUUCUUGCUUCUUCAUACUCGCUCCCCGCCUUCCACACCCCAUCCUUCUCACCCGCCAUCCCUCUUCUCACCCCGUCCUUCUCAUCCCUCACUCUUUCCCCCACCGACCCUCUUCUCACCCCACACCCCCCUUCCCCCCUCGCCGCCUCCCCCCCUCGCCGCCUCCCCCCCUCGCCGCCUCCCCCCCUCGCCGCCUCCCCCCCUCGCCGCCUUUCCCCCUCGCCUCCUCCCCCUGGCAGCAUCGCUGCUAGAGAUGAGCGCGUGUGGGCCCAGCCACUCGCUGCCGCUGCCGCUUCUGGCCUCCCAGCGCCUGCAGCACCUCCUGCUGCACUGGCCGCCCUCCUCUGCCCUGUGCUUGCCUCAACCUGAGGGUUUCAGCCCUCCUCUCUCGCCUCACACAAGCCGAGCUCUGGGGGGCUCAACCUUCCUACCUGACCUUGCCGUCACCACCCAGGGGACUCAACCCCCCUUGACGGUGGUGCUGGUGGUGGUGGCUGGAGCAGCAGUGGCACACCAUGAGGUGGCACUGCUUGUGGAGGCCGGCAAGGAGGGAGUGUCACCAAGGCUCUUUGUGCUGCCACUCAGAGCGUCAGAGCUGGGAAAAACAUGUAGCACCAGGUCAUAG